CUGCCCGUACCGGCAGCGCCCAAGGGCCGGCCUGCACCCUGUGGAGCUUUCACCCAUGGGAACGAACUGGGGGAGGCGGCGGCAGACUGGGCUAGGCCGUGCCCUGAGGAAAACCUGCGCCUUUGACCAACCUGGUCUAGUGCAAGCUGUCCCAGCCCAUGCAGCAGUCACCAUGAAGAAGAGUAAAGAUGAAGUGGGAAAGCCCUGCAGAAAAGGCUGAAGAUGAGCUGGCCUUCCUAAUGCCUGGCUCUAGCUGCUUUGGCAGGCCUGGCAGCGCAGCAUGAUUAGGAUGAGGAGGAAGAAACUGUGGGCAUCUUGCUUAUGCUUUGCAGCAGCCUUCUUCCUUGUGGUGACACUCCAGGUUAUCACUGAACUGAGCAAUUCAGAGAAUAAUGUGGCAGUAAUCUCCAGUUUACAGAGUAGCCUGCUAAAGCCUGUGGAGAGAUAUGCUUUUCAGUUCAAGAAGCAGGAACUUCACAGCAGCUUCAAGGCAGAAUCUGAUGUAAAGCACUAUCCUGUCCUGCUCUGGUGGUCUCCCCUGACUGAAGAGAAAGGGAGAUUGGGUCAGUGCGGAGAGGAUGUUUGCUUCUUUACUAUCAACAAGACCUACCAGCACAAUGAGAUGACGAGAGCAUUUCUGUUCUAUGGUACUGACUUCAGUAUAGACAGUCUACCUCUCCCUCGGAAAGACUAUCAUGAUUGGGCUCUUUUCCAUGAAGAAUCACCAAAAAACAACUACAAACUCUUCCACGAACUGACCAUCACCUUAUUCAACCACACUGCAACCUUUAGCCGCCACUCUCACCUACCACUGACCACUCAGUACCUUGAGGGCAUAGAGGUCCUGAAGUCGUUGAGGUACAUGAUCCCACUGCAGGUGAAAAACAGCCUGAGGAAGAGGCUUGCACCGCUUGUGUAUGUGCAGUCUGAUUGCAACCCUCCUUCUGAUCGGGACAGUUAUGUGCGUGAGCUCAUGUGUUACAUUGAAGUAGACUCUUAUGGGGAAUGUUUACAUAACAGAGACCUUCCUCAGCAUCUCAGAGGCCCAACUGCCAUGGAUGAUGGGAACUUCUAUCAAAUACUUGCACAGUACAAGUUCAUUCUUGCUUUUGAAAAUGCUAUCUGUGAAGAUUACAUUACUGAAAAACUGUGGCGGCCACUGAAGCUGGGAGUGGUACCAGUGUACUUUGGGUCUCCUAGCAUUGUAGACUGGCUUCCUAGUAACAAGAGUGCAAUCCUGGUAUCCAGUUUUUCACACCCUCGGGAGCUGGCUCAUUAUAUCAAAACACUUGAUAAAAACGAUCACGAAUAUGAAUCCUACUUGCAAUGGAAACUGAAAGGGGACAUUACCAACCCAAGGCUGCUUACAGCAAUGAAGGAACGCAAGUGGGGAGUGCAAGAUAUCUCCCAGGACAAUUACAUUGACACCUUUGAGUGCAUGGUGUGUAACAGAGUGUGGGAAAACAUCAGAAGGGAAGGAAAGGGAUGGCUGCCACAGAGGUGGAAAGCUCAGGUUAACCAUCUGAGCUGUCCCAAACCAGAAGCAUUCUCGUUCUCAACUUCAAACCCUGGCUGGACUUCUCUCCAUGAGAUGUGGAUACCAAGCUUUGAGCAAUCCAGGAAAGAAGCCUGGGCACUGAGGCAUCUGGUGGAAAGGAACAGGAAUUUUACAGCUCAAGAAUUUUGGAUGCUUGUAUUCAAAGAAUAAACACAACAACAUGUAAAAUAGAGUGAGCUUCUCAGAGGAGUCUGUGGGAUUUUCUUUUGAGUGUCACCUUAUCAUCAGUAGCCAUAGGAAGUAGAUGUGUAAGACUGAGUUUGGUAUAUUGAGAGCUCAAGGAGUACUAAGGAGUGUUAAGUAAUAGAAUCACCCUGCCAGUGAUACAUGUAUACAUUAAAUAUGUAUAGAUAUAUGCAUUUAUAUUUAUGUUGUCAUUAGUUCAGAUGUUUUAACAUUAAGGCACAAGUUGUCGAGGUUGUCAAAGCUCAGUUUUAAGCACACAGCUAAUUCCCAUGGGGCAGAUGGAUCUCCCUCCAUCUUUAGAUACAUCCUUGUGUUCAUGGCCUCAGGAACCCUUUUUUCCAGUCCAGGACUUUCCUUGCUGCUCUGAUAGCAACAAGCACCUGACACCAUUGCACUCGUACAGCUUCUUUGCUGCUUUGGAGGUAGAGGAAAAAGUUGGGAUUCUGUCCCUGGCUAGCUGUUUAUUAUCAAUUUGCCUGGCAUCAGUAGAUUUAGCAGGGACUUGGCGGGCUUUGUGUCCUGACACUGAGUGCCAAUUGAAAGUGCAUUAGUGUUUGGCACAAGGAAGCACCAUCUGUUAGUGUCCAGAGACAGAUUGAAUGAAAAAUGUGCUGGCUCAGAUUUACCCAUCAUCUGCUAAAAAUAAGCAAGGCACAUAAAUAUCUUCACUCCUCAGAAAAAGGACUGUCUCAGUAUGACUUACCUUCUUGCCUUUCUGAUGAAGGACUAGUAUUUGUAUCACAUAUUAACAUGGAAUUAUGUGCUUGAAGGGGCAGGAAUGAAACACUGAAGCUGGAAAGUCUUCAGUAUGAACAAGGAGAGGUAGGCAAACAACCUCCCUGUUUUAACACAGAAAACCUCAAAUUUGCCUGACAAAAACCUUGGUAAUCGUGGGCAUCACUUGCCAAAGGACACACCUUUGCCUGGUAUGCAGACUACUGCAGUUUUCAUCCCAAAUUCUUCCAACCUCAGUCUAUGGAGGAGUCAACUUGGCAUUAUCUGUGUGGAGCCUGUCAGAUGAGGGGUGUCAUUCAUACGCAUACCAAUGUAUGUAUAUACAGGCAAACGUAACUACUAAUACGUAAUUCUUCACAUUGCUGCAAAUAAAG